UACCACGGCGGCGCGGGCGGGCGUGCGGGAUGCGCCGGCGCAUCGUCCUGACGACGGCGCGUGUUGUUGUCUUGCAGGUGAAAACCGAGGCGGAGGAAUUGAAGAUCAAGCAGGAAGAGCAGGGGACGACUGCGGAGGAGGACGUGAAGGUCAAGGAGGAGCAAGCCAACGGCCAGGCAAAGACGGAAGAGAUCGAAGGCGGCCCCGAAGAGGCGGGGCUUCUGGUGAUGACCGUCGACGGUCGCCAGAAGCAACUUCCUUUCGGCCCCGCCGACCUGCUCUCCGCCGCCACCAUGUUGACCGGCGACAAGGUGCGCUUCAACGUGGCGACCCAUCGGGAGAGCAAAGAAGAGCGGGCCGCUUUUGUGGAGAUCCUUUCCGCCACCUUCGAAGAGUCCACGGAGCAACGGCGCCACGGCAUCGUCAUCGAGUUCUCCGAGGAUCACGGCCUGAUCAAGUGCGCGCAGAACCCUCAGCUCUUCUUCCGCCUGUCGGAAGUGAUUGGAAAAAAGAAGCUGCAGCUGAACGAGAAGGUGGAGUUCAGCGUGGUCCCGCACGACCGAGCGGCGGGCGGCCACCAGGCCAUCAGGAUCAGACAUUGCGCCGAGAGCGUUUUCCUACCGGCCAGAAAACUCAACCCUGUCGCCGCUGGCAAAGGGAAGAUGACCAUCAAGCUCGCCAAAGCUUCAGAAGACUCCGAGCGGAAGGUGCCCAACGCGGAGCGGCUGAAGACGGUGGUGAAACAGUUGCGAGCCCCGGUCAAGCCGAGCGCCGGCGCGGGCCGCGGCCGGAGCCGCAGUCCGCCCACGGACAAAUUUGGAAGGGAAAUCAAAAGGAGGCGCAGCUCCAGUCGAGAACGUCGGCGCAGCUCCAGUCGAGAACGUCGGCGCAAAAGCAGCCGGCGGAGACGAAGCGCCAGUCGGGAAAGGUCCCGCCGACGUAGCCCGAGUCGCAGUCGCAGCAGGAGCCCGAGCAGAGAAAGCUCCGCAAAGAGAAGAAGCAAAGCGGGCGGAGACCGAGGAGGGGGGCACAAGAGGAGGAGGGAGCGCAGCCCCCCUCCCAGGGCUCGCGGCGCCGCCGUGGACGACGAGCUGGCCAGGAAGAAGCGAGAAUUGGAGGAGCUCAACGAGAUGAUCGCCUUCAAGAAGUCGCUGAUGGACGCCCGGGGCCCCGAGCCCGCGCAGCCGACGUGCAUCGACUACGACCACGGCCGCAUCGCAAAGCCUUUGGCCGAGUUCACGCCGGCGCGUUCCAUUUUGAAGAAACGAGCCGAGGACCCCGACUACGCCCGCCAUCUUCCCCCGACGUACGACGAGCCUUACUACGACGGGCCGCGCCCGCGCUCGGGCGAGCGCUACUCCGACGGCUACGCUGGCGCCUUUGCCGGCCGGCCGUACGGCGAGCGAGCGUACGACGGCGGGCCGGCGUACGAUGGCGUGACCGCGUACGAAAGCUCCUCCUCCUCCGCCGGCCGGCGCUACGCCAACCGCUACGACGUUUACGAGCAGCUCUGUGACGAUCCGCGCAGCGAGCCCUCGUAUGCGGGCGGCCCCCCUCGCGGCCGCUACGCUCCGGAAGCGUCGCCGCCGCCGUCGUUGGCCUCCGUCCCUUCGUCUUUGGCCACGACCUUUGGGCCGCCCUCUCCCUCUCCGCCGCCGUCCAAAAGCCCCUCGCCGGGCCGUGCGGCCGCGACGCCGCCCGCGGUCCCGAAGCCCCCGCUGGAUCGCUUCCUCGAUAUGCUUCAAAAGAAGGCGAUUCCGGAAGCGGUUGCCGCCAACGACGAACUUCUGCCGCACGAGCGGGCGCUGGAAGACGGCAAAGGCUUCUCUCGGAUUGUGGGUCUAGCCGGAGACUCGACGGGCGGCCGCUUCGGCGCGGAGGAUCGGAACCAAUCGAGCGAGUCCGCCUCUUACAGCCAGAUCCAGACUUUGUUGCGGAGCAUCGGCCUGAAGCUGACGGCGGCGGACGUGGCGCAGCUGGCCAACGGUGCCUCCGAGGCCUCGUCCGGCGCCGGAGACGGGCGGGAGCGACCCCUUAGACUUCGGGCAGACCCCAUGCCUUCCCCCUCCCCCGCCCGAUGGUGCGACGCGGGGGCCCCCGCGCGCGUCUCCGAGUAUGAAGAAUUCCUCGAUCAACAAGAGUUGGAGAUGCUGGAAAAGGCCCGAGAGCUGCAGGAUCUGACCAAGACCAUGGCGAGCGCGUCGUCUACACCCGGGCCCCCUCCAGGACCUCCGCCCGAACGCUACCGCCACCCGUCCCCUCCGGUCAACUGGCCCCUGGAUAUUUCCCCCAAAGCUUCUCCCCUGGCCGCCGUCGGCCGCCUUCCGCCGGGGCCUCCUCCCGGACCGCCUCCCCGACGCCCACCCGGACGGCCGCCUUUCGCGGCGGCGCCCUCCCAGGACGCAGAGCUGCCAGCGGCCGGGGCCCUCCGCUCCCUCGGAGCCGGCGCCCGAGGGGCGUCGCCGUCGGUGACUGCCGGCGAGGAGCGGCCCGACAUCUCCGCGACGGUGGCCAAAUGCCUGAAGGUCAUUGAAAGCGUCAAGUCUUUGACUGCGACGGCAGCGGCGAAAGCGCUCAAAUCGGUGCAGUUCAGUUUGCCGCCGGGGUCGGCGAUGACCCCCGGUCCCGCCGGCUCUCCGGAGCGAGUCGGCGACGUGAAAAGCGGGCGGACGGAGAAGCCGGAUUUGUACAAGCAGAAGAUGGCGGAGCCGCAGGAACAGCGCCCCGGGGACGCUCGAGCGCACAAAAGACAAGGCGACGGCGCCGCCAUUGCCCCAGGAAAGCCACUGGGCGGCGGCGGGCCCCGCAACGUUUGGAUUUGCGGCCACUCGCUGGUGUACUGGGCGGAGUCGCGGGCCAAGUCUGCGCAGGUCGGCGCCCAGCUGGGCGUGGACCCCGACAAGCUGAUCCUGUGGUGGAAGGGGGUCCGGGGCAUGACCUGGCCCCAGCUGCUGCCCCUGCUCCGGCAGCUCCGGGUCAGCUGGCCCCAUCCUCAGGCGCUUAUCAUCCACCUGGGCGGCAACGACUUGAACACGGAAACGCCCAGCGACCUGCUGGCGUCGGUCAGGAAAGACGUGACUUCCCUGAGGGCCGCCUUCCCCCGCUGCGUCCUGGUUUGGUCCCACAUCCUCCCCCGCCGGGCGUGGCUCCACUCGCCGGACGCCCACGAAGUGGAUCUGGUCCGAAGCACGGUCAAUCGGCGAAUCCGCAACAUUUUCGCCGAGCUGGGUGGCGUCUCGCUGACCCACGACAACAUCCGCUGCGGGACCAACACGGGCCUGUACCAAGCCGACGGAGUCCAUUUGUCACCCAAAGGAAUGGACGUGUUCAACGGGAACCUGCGCGACUUUCUGGAGAAGUGGGCCGAGGAAGUCGCCGCCGCCGCCCCGCAGUGACGCCGCGCGCUGACAAACGCAGCCUUUACUCCCGAUCGUCUUUUGUUCGUUUGAAUAAAUGCCAUUUGACCGGC